GCAGCCCCCGGGCCCCGCCGCCCCUCAGGCCAAGGGACACCUCCCCACCCGGCCUUGGUGUGCAGGGAAGGCCGGGAGGAGCGGCCGCGUGCCGGUCCGGCGGGGCUCUGUGGAGCGCAGGUCCUGUGAGGAGCUGGGGGUGUUCAGCCUGGAGAAGAGGAGGCUCAGGGAUGGCCUUACCACUCUCUACAUCUCCCUGACAGGAGGGUGUAGCCAGGUGGGGAUCGGGCUCUGCUCCCAGACCAGAAGAGCUGCAAAACGGUGCCAUUGUCACGUUUCCCCGAGGAGAACCCACUGACUGUGGUCAGCUGGUGCUCAGCCACAGUGGCUGGUGUUGGCACCGGGUGUCCUGGGAGCCUCAGCACUGACUGGAUCAGCAGGUGGCAACAAGGAACACGUGUGGAAACCAGACACUGCACAACAAUGAGAUGCCUCAGCCAUCCACUGCUCAGGAGGUUGUUGAGCCUCUCACCUCAGCACGUGCCAGGGCGAUGGAGUCCAAGCGAAGCUGGUGUCCUCAGUCCAAACCAGCUGUCUCUGAGGCAGAGCUGCAGUGCAGGACCUGGGCUCCUGACUGCCGCUGAUACGGUCAACUACUGGCAGAAGGUGUUUGAGAUAAAUGGGAUCCCCGAAGCACGAGAAUCCAGUCAAUACAUUGUGUCAUUUGUUCUGGGAGCAAAAACAUUUCAGAGCCUGAAUUCCAAAAGCCUCCACAGUCCACUUACAGCAAUGCAGCAGGAGCAAAUCCAGCAGCUGAGCAACAGGCGACUAGAAAGGAUGCCAGUGCAGUAUGUGCUUGGUGAGUGGGACUUCCAGGACCUGACCCUGAAGAUGAGACCCCCAGUAUUCAUUCCACGGCCUGAAACAGAGGAUCUGGUCUCUUUAGUUGUGGAGGAAGAAUCUCAGAAAUGUGCGAAUUCAGGGCCCUGCUUCCCAGUUCCUGUUCCUCAUCCUGUGAUCCUGGAGGUCGGCUGUGGCUCUGGAGCAAUUGCUCUGAGUCUGCUGUGCAAACUGCCACAGAGCCAGGUCAUAGCCAUGGAUAAAGAGGAGGCUGCUGUGGAUCUCACCAGGGAGAAUGCACACAGGCUGCAGCUCCAGGAGAGGAUUCACAUCAUCCACCAAGAUGUUUCACACAGUUCUGCCAAACAGCUGCUGCUCUGGGGCCCCAUAGAUGUCAUAGUCAGUAACCCCCCAUAUGUUUUCCAUGAGGACAUGGCUUCCUUGGAUGCAGAAAUCCUCUGCUAUGAGGACCUUGAUGCUUUGGAUGGGGGAGAUGAUGGGAUGAGAGUCAUCAAAACAAUUCUGGCUUUGGCUCCUUCUCUUCUGAAGGAUUCUGGGAGUGUGUUUCUGGAAGUUGAUCCCAGACACCCAGAUAUGGUGGAGCACUGGCUACAGGCACACCCAAACUUACCACUCACCCUCCGUGCCAUUCACAAGGACUUCUGUGGCAAGCCUAGGUUUCUACACAUCCAGAAACAAAGCAGAUGACAACUGGAGCAGACAUAACUCUCCUUGCAGGAUGCUUUGUGCUCUUGAGCCUGGCUGAACAGCUUGUGGAAAACUCCUUUUGCUGGGUGAAAGGAAUCUCCACUUCAUUCCCCUUUGCUGGACUCCAUGCAGUGACAGACCCCUUCAUUUCCCAAUACAGACUUCACCCAGAGAUGCAGAAGUUCAGCUGAGCAUGUGGAAGUGUUUCAGUGUUUCACCUUUCUCAGGGAGCUGCAGGAAACUUUAUAGUGUGCUCUGCUAAAGCGGCUCAUUAAUCUCAGGACCCAAGAUGGAGUUCACAGCUCCAGAUAUUUCAUUAAAAAUACAGCUUCUCAACGUGCCAGAUCACUCAUUUGACCUAGAAAGGAUUCCAUUAUUUUUUGGCCUUGAGAUUCAUUUAUAUAGAAUGUGACCAGAUUGGAUGAUAGGUCCAAAGUCUGGCUUAUAUUGGCACAUGGAUUUGCAGGUAUAACAGGACAUGACUGACCUGCACAUUUCAAAUUUGGUUCUGUUCCAGGAUCCUGAUGCUCCAACAGUAAAUCAGCCUUUGUUUCCCACUCCUGCUGAGUGACAUGCCAUUGAAGGAUCAGUGCACAUGUUACAAUACCUGAUCUACAGCCCUUGACACUUGGUGGAUGCUGCCAGAAUCAGUUAAAAUGCUGUAAUAAAGAUAGUGCUUCAGAUCAGUGUCUUUACAGGAAUUGCUCUGCAAUUCUUCAGACCUGACAAAACACCUGGCACCCACACAUUGCUCUGAUAGUAAUACAAGUGCCCAACUUCCAUGCCAGGCAUUUACUAGCAAGACUUCACACAGAAGGCCAGAGUUGCUACUCCAGUUUUGCAGAUGGAGAAGUUGGAAAACAAGAGGUGAAAUGACUUGUACAAAAUUUGACAGCAAGCUAAGUUUGGAGUAGGACUCAGUCUCUUGACAGUGUGGGAAUAGCUGAGGUCUGUCUCUUUGGGAAGGAUGACUCAGAGCAGGGCUGUCUGAAACAGCACUGAGAGAAGUCCCUGAAAUGGACAGUCAACAUCAUGACAUUAUAAAUAAUGGCAAGAUUAAAUUCAAGCUGCUGCUUGCUGUUGCUGCUGUUUCCAGUGUUGCAAGUUCCUUUCCUGACCAUAGCUAGUGAGAGAAGGAAGGAAAGCCAGCAAAGGAAAGGAUCUGGUGUCCAAAUGGAAGCAGUUGCUGGGCCAGUGGAGGUGAGCACUCAGGAGGGGUGGAAGUGUCCAGACAGUGACCCUGCAGUCUGUGUGUGCCAGGGAUGUGCUGUCAGGCCCUGUCCAGGCUGGACUGGGACUGCACUGCCAGAAACAUUAGACAGGAGGUGCACCAGCAAACUGAGUCUGUUGGGAAGGCUGCAGCAGAUUCAGAGGCAUUUCAUGAGCACUAAUACAUCUCCCUUUCCCCUCUACCUCUCCCACUCUCCCUGCUCUUUCAUUCCCCCUUACCUGCUGAACACUGGCCCUGCUUCCCCAGAGAGCCCCGAGCUCUCGCUGAUGUCCCAGCGCUCGGGUCUCCAGCUGGAUCCUUCCCACCCUCUGGGCUCUUGCAGCCCUGUGCACACACUGCCCUUUCCCCCUUGUACCUCUGACGCUGCAUUUAUCCACCCCAGGAGAUAGUCAUGUCCUGGACACUCUUUAUUUGAAACUGUGAGUCUUCUCUGGCCUGUAGUACCUGCUCUGGUCAAACACAGUAAAGGAAAUCUGGGGGAGGAGAGAACUAAAAGAGAUCAGUUAAAGUGCACGUGAGCCUAGGUUUGGAAAUAAAGCCUCAGCACAGCUGAUUUCUGUUUUGCUAGAGUUUUACCAGAGCCAUGAGUUCAAAUUUUAGUCAGAGGUGUUGUUCUGUUUGGUUGUGGAUUUGUUUUUAAUAGUAAUCGAUGGAUAUUUUUAAAAUUCAUUUACUCAGACUCUGUUUAGAAAUUAAAUUUAAAGAAAUGUUUCAGGUUUCUCCUGGCUGUUACCAGUGUUCAUGUAUGAAAGAGAGCAACAUGCACAGCUUGCUUUUGCAGGAUGCCUUAAAAGCUGGGUUAUGGGAGAGUUUUACAGCAUCAUGCUUCAUUCUUCAGGGGCUGGCUGUCCCCCUGCAGCAGGCUGCAGUUAGCUGACCCUCCGAGGGUGCUGGGGAAGGCAGUGUGCUUUUUCUUGGAAGCAUCAAUCAGUCACUUGUCCGAGCUCUGAGCAGAACAAAUCCCCUGUGAGACAGACCGUGGGUCUAAUCCAGUAGGGCAAGUGUUAAAUUCCUAUAUUUAUAGUAAAGCAAUGGUGAAAAUGCUUGCAUUUCCAUGGAUUUGCAUUGCAUAGGGGUUAUAUGUCUUGGAAAAUCACAUGGUGCUGCUGACCUUUUCAUAAAGAGUGGAGAAAAAUUGCUGUUCCUCCCAAGAGGCUGGAUGUUCUUGUCAGACUCACAUCCCAGGGAAUGUGCUGGUGUCGUACAGUGUGUUCCUCAGUGCUUUACACGUAUUGGCCCGGGCUCAUUUUGGGACAGAAAAGCUCGCUGGAGGUGGUGGUUUUAGGGGGCUCCCCUGGGCUGUGUCUGUGCUGCCCGCGGGCAGGAGGCUGAGCUGCCUCAGCUCCCUGUGCAUGUGAGCUCUGCAGAGCUCCCUGGAGCCGCAGGAGGCUGACGCCUCCCUUGGCAGCGUGCGUAAUCCAGUGUCUGACAUACACGGAAUUUUCUGGGAAUUUACUGGGUCUUUGGAACCCAGUAAAACGGUGAUUUGAUUCCCGAGGUGGUGCUUUCAGAGAGGAGCUUCGUUUGCUUUCAGGCCCCUGAGGAGUGUGGUCUGUGUGUGCUCCCAUCGGUGUUGUGGGGUCACCAGGUGUGCGGGAUCCACCGGGAUAACUGCCCUGCCCCGAGGACGAGCUGGGAAAGGCUCGCGGUUUGGCAGAGCCCUGCAGAUGGAGCUGCGGGCCCAGUUUAGCUGUGUCCGUGCUAGAGAGACUCCUGCCCGCUGCGUGGGGAGGGGCAGACCCCGCCAGAGAGAACUGGGGUCAGCAGAGGGCAGAAGGGUCGGUGCAGCUGCAAAGUGGGGCUUUAACCUCGAUUCCUGUGCCGGUGAAACAGCUUCGACACUGGGCUUGUGUCGGCAAACUGGAAGGGGACUCACAGCUUGGUACAGGACUGGGGUUGUACCUCAUGCUGUUGAUGGGGGGCCUGAAGGCCCCCUAGGGCUGGAGGUCAGAGACAGAGAACCAUUCUUGUUCUGGUGUAAUGUCCACGUGAGCACCCCAAAGUGCCACCUGUGCUUUCAGUGUCCGCCCAAGAUGUGGGGUGAGAGGGCCUUUCCCAGGGACUUUAGAGAGAGAAAGAAAUAUGUUCAUCCUCACAGAGGAUAAACUACCUGUGGUCUUGUAGGAAUGAGACUGCUGCCCCUGUGAGGCACUGACUGACAGGGUGACUCCACUGGGGUGACACAGAGCGUCUCUGGGGACCCAGAUAACCGAAUGUGUGUGGAUUACUGGUUGACAUUCGAUGUUCCUCAAUGUGGGGCCAUAGAUCAAAAUGGCUUGGAAGAGAGCUUGACAGUCAUCUAGCCCAAUUUCUCUGUCCAAGUAAGCAUCAAUUUGCCUUACAUCAUUCCUGACAAAUGUUUGCCCAGCCUGAUCUAAAAGGCUCCCAGUGCUGACAAGGGACUUCUGCAUUCACUCUGUUUUGGUGCUUUGUUGUUCUAUCUGCUGCAAAGUUAUCCCCUGCAAUGGCAGCUCGGGGUGAUUAAAACCGAGCACUUCUCCUGUCCUGAGGUGAACAGCUGCCUCUCUCCUUAGAGCACCUUCCAUGUCUGUUCCCAUGUUUCCUCAGUCUUCAUUUCUGAGGGAAAGAACUCCAACACUGUGUUGUUUCUGUCAGCUGUGCACAUCCUUCCCUCCCUGCCUGUGAAACGUGAGGGGACCACGUGUGCCGCAGACACGUCGCAGGUGAUACUUGGGCCUCUGGUGAGUGGAAUAACAAAGCUGCUGGAGCUCAUCCUGCUGCAGAGGAGGAGUCAUUUCCCAAGUGAAGACUAAGCCAAAACUUGCAUUAACAUUUUGUUUGUCUGGGAAAGUUAUCAAAAAGUGUAUUUAAGUUUUAAUAAACUACAAUUUCCACUCCA